ACUGGCCUCAACAGCAAGCACUCGAGGACAAAGUUAAGAGUUGAAGAGAGCAGUCCAUGAGAAGCGGAUGAAGGCUCGUCAAUGUUAUGUCAAACAGGUUGAAGUACUUGUUGGAGAAUUGAGAAAGGACUUGGAGGAGCAAGAGAGCCAACCGGAGGUUCCCUCUUUGUUGAGCUUCAUUUCCUUUCAUUUUCUGCCACUUGUGCAGCUUCAUGUGGCUGUACUUGCGGCUAUUUUGCAGCCUCAUUUGCAUUUCAUUGCAGCCUCAUUUCAUCAACAUUUGCAGCAUAGUUUGCUGCACUUUGCUGCUACCGUGCUUUGGUGCAGCCUUCCUUCUUCAUUUGCUGCCUCCUGUGCAGCUUUCCUUCCAUUUGCUGCCUCUUGUGCAGCUUUGACACCACAGCUCCAACAGUACUAGACGAUGAUGCAAAUUUUGUGAAAAUUUUGGUGCUUGAUGGUUGCUUUAUCAUUAAAUUGUUCUCCAUGCAUGCCAUGCCAAACGAUUACAUUAAGAUCAUAAAAAAUGUUCAGGUGUAUGUGAAACUAACAUUCACACAGCCUAUCUGCUUCAGUGCUUGUAUCAUUAUGACUUGAUUUAGCCGGAAAAUCAAAUUCCUUGGUUUGUGCUGGAACUCUUAUCUGGUCUGCUUUUUCGGGGGUGAUAACAAGCUAAAGCUUCGUGAACUUGCCAUCCGUUUCUUCAGGACAUGUUCUCACAUGAUGGACUUCCUAUACCUCAUACACUUCUUGAAACAGAAAGAAUUGAGCAUAUUCUGGAUCUGUUAAGAAAGCGUUUGUUUCUAUCAUUCUUAAUGAAGAAGUUUCUAAUAU